CACACACACACACACACAUACACACACACACACACACACAUUGAUGUGUGUUCUCCAAAUCUUGUUUAUAAAAGGUGACUGGAGAUACUAAUUUGUGGGAUCAUCCCUUCAGGAAGGAAUCAUUACAGAAUCUAACAAGAGCCAUGUGGGUUGUCCUUGCCUUGCUGCUUGCCCUCUCCAGUGGGGCUCUGUCUCUGAACAAACUCAACAUGUGUAUGGAUGCCAAACACCACAAAGUAGAGCCUGGCCCUGAGGGAAAACUUUACCUUCAGUGUUCUCCCUGGCGUGACAAUGCAUGCUGCACGGCCAACACCACCGCAGAAGCCCACAACGAUAACUCCUACCUGUACAACUUCAACUGGAAUCAUUGUGGUGUUAUGAGCCCCCAGUGCAAGAAACAUUUCAUCCAGGACACUUGCUUCUAUGAGUGCUCACCACACUUGGGACCCUGGAUACAAAAAGUGGAUCAGAGCUGGCGUAAGGAGCGUAUCUUGGAUGUGCCUCUUUGUAUGGAGGACUGCCACAAUUGGUGGGAAGAUUGCAAGAAUGAUUACACUUGCAAGACUAACUGGCACAAGGGAUGGGACUGGAGCUCAGGUGUUAACAAAUGCCCUGAAAGCAGCAAGUGCAGAAAGUGGACUGAAGUUUACCCAACACCCAAGUCCAUGUGUGAGCUAAUUUGGUCCAACUCCUACCUUUAUACCACCCACUCCAAUUCCUCAGGUCGCUGCAUGCAGCUCUGGUUCACCGGGCCAAACCCCAACACGAAGGUAGCUGAGUACUACCUGAACAACGCACAACAGCACCAAAGCUUUGCCUUGACAACGCUACUUUUCCUGGCUGUUGGAUCUUUCUCUUUAUGGAUAUACUAACAUGA